AUGUCCUCCCCCCACCGCCCACCGGGCCUCCCCCUCUCCCUCUCCUCCACAAAACCCCACCUCAUACCUCCCCUCUCGCCCUCCCACGCACCACCGCAAUCGCCCUCGCCCUCGCGCCGCACCGCAGCUCUCGCCCUCACGCCGCUCAAGACCUCCAACCUCCCGCGCAAACGCACCAGCAACGCAACGCACGGCACCGGCCUCGGCACCAACCCCAGCUUCGGCAACGGCUACACUCUCUCGCCACGGCCCUCGCCGCCCUCGCGCCCGCUCCUGCGCAGCACGGUAUCCUCUGGAAGCAGCGGGUCGCCGGACAGAGACAGAGACAGCGACAGAGGCCGCACGCGCAUCCGAGAGCGCAAGCGAAAGAAAGGGCGCGAGAAGGAGGUAGACGUAGAAGAGGAAGCAGAAGCGCAGCGAAGCAGUGGUAGUGACAGCAGAGCAAGCAGCGAGGAGGUCAGGCGGAAACUAUUUAGUGAACGACAACAGCAGAGCAAUUGGAGCGCCAUGGCGAUGUUCUCCGCAAUAUUCAAGCGCUUCGACCCCAACGGCACCGGGAGUAUCUCCAUCCGCGACUUCAUCCCGCUCAUCCGCGAGAUCGAAGCCUCGCUCCCCGGCUGCCCAAAAUACGGCAUCCUGCAGCAAGCCUCCGAACCCACAAUCCACCAGACCAUCGACAAGGCGCCCGACCUCCUGCUCACGGAGGACGAGUUCAUCCGCGCCUUCGACGACAUCAACAAAGACCAGGGCAUCCUGGAGCUCAUGGAGCUCGUGCGCACUGUCGGGCAGGCAGAGGAGGAGGUCUACGAGGCCGUCGGCGACCCCGCCAUGAUCGCGCGGGACGGCCCCCCGUUCAGCGCGGGCUCGCCCCCGCUCUCCCCCUGCUUCCAUGAAGACGCGGAGGGCAACUCGCUCUGGCACGCACUUGUGGGCCCCGUGCCCCCCUCCCCCCGUAGCUUCGCAUACAACGACGACACGACCGGCAUCCUCUCCACCCCGCUGAGCACCUCCACCCCUCUCGGCGCCACCACCCCCAGCCGCCGCGCCCUCCCCGGCGUCACAACACCCCGCCGCUACUCUAGCCCCAACCGCCCCGGCACCAACCCAACCCUCCGCUCCGGCUCCCCACGCCCGCUCUCCCGCGGCGGCGGCCCCACAGAAAGAAGCAUCUUCCCGGGCCCCCCACGCAUGGCGCCCCUCCGCCCCGCCGGCGACGACCGCGACCACUCCACCUCGCGCCCCAGCUCCCGCGGCCGUUCCCGCGGCGGCUCCAGCAGCUCCCGCAGCCGCCGCAGACGCAGUCUUACAGGCCUGGCCCCGUUCGAGCUCGACAUGGAGCUGGCGCUGUUCCGGCCGAACCUACUCUCGCUGGAGACGCCGACGACAAUCGAGAACCUGCAGGCGCUGACGGCGCUCGACGUCAUGACCGUGCUCACGGACUUCCGGUACGCGUGGGCCGUGGCCGAGGCGCGGUCGCGCGAGCUGCGCGAGCUGCAGGCGCACGUGGGGGCGCUUGAGAGCCGCGCGGUCGAGAGCGCGGAGUACGAGGAGGGGCGGCUGGGCGAGCUGCAGCGCAAGUGCGAGGAGGCCGAGGGCGCGGUGGGGGUGGUGUAUGAGCAUAACGCCGUGCUGAUCCGGGAUCUGGGCAGGAUUGAGGCGCUGUAUGUGGCGCUGGAGAAGGACAUGGAGCGGGUGUGCAAGGAGCGCGACGAGGCUGUGCGUGCGGCGGAGCGGGAGCGCGGUGAGAGGGCGCGGGUGGGCGAGAAGCUGGCAAGGCUGCAGAAGCAUCUGGGGAGGGUGGAGGAGGACGGGCUCGACUCGCUGAGGGUGCUGGAUCGGAACAAGGACGAGGCGACAAAGUAUGUUGCGCGCAUCAGCAGCCUCAAGGAGGCGGUCGAGACGCGCGACGAGAUCAUCCGCGGCGUCAAGAGCGAGCUGGAGGCGUCGCAUGAGAAGAUGGCGGUGCUGAGCGGCGAGCUGGCGGCGUGUAGAGCGGACGUGGAGCAUCUGACGCCGGGCGUCUCGCCGGGUAAGGGGACGUUCCGGCGGACGCGGACGUCGCUGGGGGCCAUGCUGGGCGGCGUGAAACUUGACGGCCCGAGCGACGACGAGAACAGGUGGGGGUACAACUCGGAGCCGUCGGCGAGCGAUGGCAGCGGCAGCUUCGGCAGCUUGGGCAGCGUGGGUUAUGAUACAACGAUCGUGGCCGAAGAGGAGGAAGAAGACGCGGAGCUGCAGCAGCAGCAGCAGCAGCAGCAGGGGAAGCUACGCGAUGUGACGACGCCGACGCAGGAGACGUCGGGCGGCGAGAAGACGCUGCUGGAAGUAGCAGGAGUAGGAUUGGGGGGUGCGGAAACGCCGAUGGCGAGACGGGAUGUCGUGACGCAGACGAGGCUGCUGAAGCUGGAGGCCGUCAAGGAGAUGGCGAAGGACUACCCGUACCGCGAGCUUGUCCUCGACAUGGCGCGCGACUACCCGUUCGCGCAGCUGAUUGCCGACCUCGCGGGCGAGUACCCGGGGCUGCUCACGCCGCUGCCCCCCGUAGGCAAGGACGACGAACGGCUCUCUGAGCCCGAGGACCUGGGCGAGCUGAGUGGCUCGAGCGAAGGCGGGGAUCUGACGUUCUCGGAGGACGAGCUGGAGCGGGUGGACCUGGACGUGGAGGAGGAGGAGGAGGAGGAGGAGGAGGAAGACCUAGAAGAGCACCUUGAAGAAACUGAGGACGGGGAUAAAGCAGCCAUCAAGGCACCACCAACACCGUCGGAAACGGCACUGCCGCCCUCGAGGACCCCGACGCCGGAGAGUAAGCUGCUGUCGCCGGGAGGGUCGCCGAGUAGUGUGGAUAGCGCUUCGCAGACGGAUCCGGCCCCGAGCCUUGCUAGUGGUAAUCUUAGGGGCGGGUGGGCGGGGCAUGGAGCGCCGGGUGUUGCUGGCGGAGGAGAUGCUGGUGGUGACGGUGGUGGUGGUGGUGGUGGUGGUGGUGGUGGUGGGGUUCCAGUCCCAGCCCCGGCCCCAGUCCCAGUGCCGGCCCCAGUCCCAGUCCCGGCCCCAGUCCCAGUCCCAAUUCCAGUCCCGCCAGCCCCAGUCCCAGUCCCGCCAGCCCCAGUCCCACCAGUCCCAGUCCCAGUUCCAGUUCCAGACGGCGGCGGCGGCGGUGAUACCAGCGGCGUAUCAUCAGACGAAGCCCGAAACCGCCGAGCCAAACGCAGAGGAUUCCGCGACCAACCCCGCUCCCAAUGGCCGCACCCGCACGACUACGGCAUGGGCAUCCCCCCGGACCGUGAGCCCGUCGUUGCCGGCGCCCUCCCGCGCGACCCGCAACUCUUCCCGCCCCGCGACCGCGGCCAGCACGAGCCCUACGCCGACUACAUGCAGUACUACUACGGCAACUACCUGACCGUCGACCAACGCAUCCCGCGCGGCGCCGCCGGCCGCAACUACGAGGCCUACCGCCAGUACUACUUCGGCGCCUACAUGCGCGCGCCCGCAGACCGGGCCGCAGCCGGCCAGCCCGGCGAGCGCGACCCCCGGCGCCGCGCCUUCGUGGCCGGGCGCGAGCGGGCCGCGGCAAUGGGCGACGGCGCAUACAUCGGCAAGUUCCGCAUCCCCGCGCCCGACGGCGAGUACGUGGAGCGCAUCAGCACCACGCUCGAGACGCGGGUGCGGCUGCAGCAGCUCAACGAGCAGGCGCGCCUCACCAUCGACGAGGCCCACGAGGUUGCGCGCUUCGUCGAGAGCCAGUUCAGCCCGCCGGAGAACGUGCUGCUGAAGACGAUCUGGCUGCUGGCGGGGCGGGUGGAGAGGGCGUCGCGGCGCGCGGUGCGGCAGGCGGAGUGGCCGAGGGAGGAGAGGCUGGAGACGAUGGUGCCGUAUCAUAACCCGCUCGGUGUUCUUGCGUGGCCGUGGAGGAUGCUGUGGCAUAUCCUGAGGUCGAUGGACUGGGCCGACUACCAGGCGCUGGCCAGCAACGACAACAUCAUGCUCGUGAUGAAGAACAACGGCCUGAUCGGCCUCGACAACUUCCCCACCGCCGCCGUCCCGCCAGAAGGCCCCGCUCCGCCACCUGUCCCUCCCGCCCCCGCCCCCGUUCCUGCCGCUGCCGCUGCCGCUGCCGCUGCCGGAGACGGACCUCCUCCUCCCCCCGCCGCCGCCGGCGCAGGCGCCCCGCAGACACCCACCUACCUCGUCGACCCCAUGACGGGCCUACGUCUCCACCACGCCAACGCACGCCGCAUCCCGCUCGGGCGCUCCGCCGACCUUCUGCGCGCGGGCCCCCGCCCCUCCGCGGCCUGGAGCAUCCUGAGCUUCUUGCUCAUCAGCGGGCUGGUCGCGCUGACCAUGUUCAACGUGUACAUGUACACGCGGCUCAAGGAGCAGCAGCGCGUGUGGGAGGACUCGCUGGGCGUGUACACGAACCGGCCCAACUGGUACGAUGCGUGCUAUAUGAGCUGCCGGCACGACCAGUAUCAGUAUGCGGCGCCCCGGGGGCUGCUGCAUGUUUAUGACCGGUUGGUGGAUUAUGUGGGGCCGCUGUUGGGGUAUGAUGAGGAUUGUAUGGCGCCGCCGCCGACGUAG